AUGGAGGAGCCGGGCGCGGACGACCGUGAGAGCACCAGGCAAGUGCCACCGCCUCACGAGCAGCGCCAGACGGACGCGGACCGCGAACGGAGCGGCCGACACAGGACGGGCCUCAGAGAGCGGCCACAGAUGGAGACCGAGGUGUUCAAGAAAUCGGCUCCCAACAACAAGCUAACGCUCUACUUGAGCAGUCGCGAUCUGAUCAUCACCGACAGUACCAUAGAAAAGCUUUAUGGAGUACUCGUCGUCGAUCCCGACUACGUCCAGCAGCGGAAGGUGUACGGGCAAGUGAUCCUGACGUUCCGCUACGGACGAGAGGAUGAAGAAGUGAUGGGCCUCAAGUUCUGCAACGAGGCCAUUAUGUGCCUGGCGCAGCUGUACCCUCCAAGUAUCUCCACUCCCGAGAUCACGACUCCUCUUCAGGUAAGACGUUCGUCGUGA